AUGGGGUGUAGGAGAAGGGAACCGAUUCAAUGCAACCCGAACGCGGUCUUCCGCGCAAAAACAUUAAACCGGAAUCCACCAAUUGUCAACAUGUUCAUCGUCGUUUUGCGAAUGUCUGGGGCUGGGGGAUCAUUUACAACUGGGAACACUGCGCAAGAGAUGGGUUUUGAUCAUGUUCCCGAAUGUUAUGUGGUUUCGCCUUCGAAAACUUCGAGCUCGGAUGCCGACGGAGUUCGAGUUCCGACCGUCGAUAUGUCUCGACUGAGACGGAAUGGCGAAGAACGCUCCGUCACCAUCAAAGAGCUCGGUGAGGCUUGUCGUUGCAGGGGGUUCUUUCAAGUCCGCCCCUGGGUUGUGAACCAUGGGAUUCGCCAAUCGAUUCUUGAGGCGGCGGCAGGUUUCUUCAAUCUGCCGGCCAAAGAGAAGCUUAAGUUCAAGUCCAGCGAUGUUUAUAAGCCCGUUAGAUACUCGACGAGCUUGAAAGACGGGGUUGACAAGGUCCAGUUUUGGAGAAUCUUCCUAAAGCAUUAUGCACAUCCCUUGGAUGCCUGAAUCGAUUAAUGCCCCGAUAACCCGCCUCACUACAGAUGGGGGAAAUAUUGUGCAGAAGUAAGGAAACUAACCUUGGAACUGAUGGGAACAAUGAUAGAGAGCCUUGCAAUAAGCCCAAAUCACCUAAGCCAAAAACUUGAACAUGGAAUGAAAGUGAUGGCAGUAAACUGUUACCCGCCAUGCCCCGAACCGGACACCGCGCUCUGGUUGCCGCCACAUUCGGAUUACUCAUGCUUAACCAUCAUCCUCCAAAACUCAACCGGCCUCGAAAUCUUGGACGUCGACAACGACGGCAACGGGAUCGUUGUCCCGGAGAUUCGCGGUAUGUUACAAGUCCAUGUAGGUGACCAUUUCGAAGUGCUAAGCAAUGGGAUAUACAAGAGUGCGGUCCAUAGUGCUACACUGAACAGUGAAAUGACUAGGAUUUCCAUUGCAAGUUUACAUAGUUUGGGAAUGGAUGACAAAAUGAAAGCAGCUGAAGAACUUGUGGAUGAACAAAAUCCCAGGAGAUAUAGAGAAAGCAGCUUCAGUGAAAGUAGCUUGAAAGAUUAA